CUCCCCCUCGCGCACACACAUGGUCGGCUCGCGGCAAAGUUUCGCCUGCGGUCGCCACUCCGGGAUCCUGCCGCAGUGCUCGGGGCUGUAACCUUGAACUUUCCCAGCGCGGUGACACAUUCUCCUCGCUCUCCCUCCCGCCCUCUCUCCUGCGCCCCCCUCCCCGCCUUUUUUAAAAAAGCAUUUCACCACCAACUACCACCCCAAUCCAACCCACACCGAAUCUUCGCGCACCCCCUAGCCCCCAACAAAAACAACAACUGCAAAACAGAAAACAAAUCCCCAAACCCAGGCGAAAAGCAGCCAACACCGGCGGCGGCAGCGGCCUCGGCGAGCACGGCCAGCGCGCUCGGACUGCAGGAGGGUUAAAAGUGUAGAUUGGAUUUCACCCCGGGAAAUCUAGCACGCCGAGUGAACUUGAAUCUUUGGCUAUUUAAGGAGGACUGGGUUUGUUGUGAAGUUGCGGUGAUCCAGCGCAGAGCCCCGUCCUGAUUGAUCGCAUCGCGGGGCUCAGAUGACUGUAAAAUGAAUAGAUGAAAUUCUUGCUUCUCGAAGAUUUUCUUGGGCAUCUCCGGGAAAGUGCGUUUUAAGGCGAAGUCAUGAUGUAUUCUCCCAUCUGUCUCACUCAGGAUGAAUUUCACCCAUUCAUCGAGGCACUACUUCCACACGUCCGUGCAAUUGCCUAUACUUGGUUCAACCUGCAGGCUCGGAAACGCAAGUACUUUAAAAAGCACGAGAAGCGAAUGUCAAAGGAUGAAGAAAGAGCAGUCAAAGAUGAGCUCCUCAGCGAAAAGCCUGAAAUCAAACAGAAGUGGGCAUCCAGGCUCCUGGCCAAACUGCGCAAAGAUAUCCGCCAGGAGUACCGAGAGGACUUUGUGCUCACCGUGACUGGCAAGAAGCACCCGUGCUGUGUCUUAUCCAAUCCCGACCAGAAGGGUAAGAUUAGGAGAAUCGACUGCCUGCGACAGGCAGACAAAGUCUGGCGUCUGGAUCUAGUCAUGGUGAUCCUGUUCAAAGGCAUCCCCUUGGAAAGUACCGAUGGAGAGCGGCUCAUGAAAUCCCCACAUUGCACAAACCCAGCACUUUGUGUCCAGCCACAUCAUAUCACAGUAUCAGUUAAGGAGCUUGAUUUGUUUUUGGCAUACUACGUGCAGGAGCAAGAUUCUGGACAAUCAGGAAGUCCAAGCCACAAUGAUCCUGCCAAGAAUCCUCCAGGAUACCUUGAGGAUAGUUUUGUAAAAUCUGGAGUCUUCAAUGUAUCAGAACUUGUGAGGGUAUCCAGAACACCCAUAACCCAGGGAACUGGAGUCAACUUCCCAAUUGGAGAAAUCCCAAGCCAACCAUACUAUCAUGACAUGAACUCGGGGGUCAAUCUUCAGAGGUCGCUGUCUUCUCCACCAAGCAGCAAAAGACCCAAAACUAUAUCCAUAGAUGAAAAUAUGGAACCAAGUCCUACAGGAGACUUUUAUCCCUCUCCGAAUUCACCAGCUGCUGGAAGUCGAACAUGGCAUGAAAGAGAUCAAGAUAUGUCUUCUCCGACUACUAUGAAGAAGCCUGAAAAGCCAUUGUUCAGCUCUACAUCUCCACAAGAUUCCUCCCCAAGAUUGAGCACUUUCCCCCAGCACCACCAUCCCGGAAUACCUGGAGUUGCACACAGUGUCAUCUCAACUCGGACUCCACCUCCACCCUCACCGUUGCCAUUUCCAACACAAGCUAUUCUCCCUCCAGCCCCAUCGAGCUACUUCUCUCAUCCAACAAUCAGAUAUCCUCCCCACCUGAAUCCUCAGGAUACUCUGAAGAACUAUGUACCUUCUUAUGACCCAUCCAGUCCGCAAACCAGCCAGCCUAACAGCAGUGGUCAAGUAGUAGGGAAAGUGCCUGGCCAUUUCACUCCUGUCUUGGCACCCUCUCCCCAUCCCAGUGCAGUGCGACCUGUGACCCUGACCAUGACAGAUACUAAACCCAUCACUACAUCCACUGAAGGUGAGGCAGCUUCACCUACAGCAACCACCUACACAGCCUCAGGCACAUCUCAAGCCAAUCGAUAUGUGGGACUAAGCCCAAGAGACCCAUCCUUCCUACAUCAGCAACAGCUGAGGAUUUGUGACUGGACCAUGAAUCAAAACGGCAGGCAUUUAUACCCCAGUACCAGUGAGGAUACAUUGGGAAUUACUUGGCAAAGUCCUGGUACCUGGGCUAGCUUGGUUCCUUUCCAAGUAUCAAAUAGGACACCCAUCCUACCGGCAAAUGUCCAAAAUUACGGUUUGAACAUAAUCGGAGAACCUUUCCUUCAAGCAGAAACAAGCAACUGAGGGAAAAAUGAAAUACAGCACUAGUUUAAGAAAUUUAAAAAAAAAAAAGGAAAAGAGAAGACUGGACAAAACAAAACAAACAAAAAGGGAGAAAGGAAAGAAACUGAAGAAAGAAGAUAAUAGACCAGCAAUCGCAGCACUUACAAUCACUAAUUCCCUUAAGGUUGAAACUGUAAUGACAUAAAAAGGGUCGAUGAUAUUUCACUGAUGGUAGAUCGCAGCCCCUGCAAAGUAGCCUUUGUUACAUGAAGUCCGCUGGGAAAUAGAUGUUCUGUCUCUAUGACAAUAUAUUUUAACUGACUUUCUAGAUGCCUUAAUAUUUGCAUGAUAAGCUAGUUUUAUUGGUUUAGUAUUCUUGUUGUUUACGCAUGGAAUCACUAUUCCUGGUUAUCUCACCAACGAAGGCUAGGAGGCGGCAUCAGAAGUGCUGGGUGACAGAGCCAUGAGCCAGCCAUUUUAUAAGCACUCUGAUUUCUAAAAGUUAAAAAAAAUAUAUAUGAAAUCUCUGUAGCCUUUAGUUAUCAGUACAGAUUUAUUAAAUUUUGGCCCUUAACCC